AUGGCGGAAGCAGACCUACCGGAGGAGAUUGUAGUGAAUACAAUAUCUCGUCUGUCGGUGAAAUCCUUGGUCCGAUUCACGGCCGUCUCAAAGCGGUGGUGUUCAAUCAUAUUAUUCGACCCUCAUUUCACAACUCUGCUUCAGAGGAACAAAACCCUAACUCGCAGCUUUCUGUUCUGCUCAUACCGUGAUUACCAUCCUCAGCUGGAAUCGCCGGACCUGGAAACGAUGUCGUUUAGGAAGCUGAAUUUUCCUUUCGACCGAGUCGGUGACUCUGUCGCACUACUGGGCUCCUGCAAUUGGUCUGAUUUCAGACAUGUACCUUUCCGUGAUUAUGGUGUAUAUUUUAGUGCUUAUGGUGUUGGCUAUUUACAGGCGACCGAUGACUAUAAAGUUAUUGUAAACUAUUCUAUACGUAAUGAUGAGGAGGAAUAUGAAUAUAGAUAUGAGAAUGAGGAUGAGGACAACGGAAGCUUCGUGAUUAUCUCAAUGAAAGAUCAGAUUUGGAGGAGUAUUAAAGGCCCUGAGGAUUGGGAAUUAUGUGGUGACGAGAAGGGGACUCUUGUCAAUGAGGCACUUCAUUGGCUAAAUGGGCCAAACAUGAGCGAAUCAUAUGAAAUAGUUGCUUUUGAUUUCGCUAAUGAAGAGUUUCGGAAAAUGCAGCUGCCUAACUACGCCCAAGAUGGGAAGGAUUACAGCUACCUUGGGGUUUGCUCUGGAGGAAGCCUGUGUGUGUCGCGUUAUCCUAUUGGUGCUUGUGAUUCCAUUGAUUUUUGGGUCAUGACAGAAUAUGGGGUGAGUGAGUCGUGGACUAAGCUCUUUAGCUUGAGGUUUUCAAAUCCAGAACACGUAUGGAGAAUGAGGGCACUCUUGAUUACUGAAAACUAUACAGUUGCCGAAAGGGAAACAAUUACAACUGGUUGUCAUGGCUGA